AUGAUAGUUCUUAAGCGGCGUUGGAUGGAAUCUCGUGAUAAGCCUCUACCAGUUAUACUGAUUAUUGCUGAAGCCAAAUACAAUCGUACAGUUGAUGAUAUUUGGUUUCAGUUCUACUGGAAAAUUCGGGCUAUUUGUACCUCCGCUGGCCAACCAGAGGUUAAUGUUGAGAUCGGUGACCCCAUCGCCUAUAUACCAAUAAUAUCCUCUGCCGUUCUCUCAAAUAACACUAUUGUGCAACACUGGAUUGUCGACGUCCUCAGUGCCACUGGACUUGAUAAUGUGGCACUCGAAAUCGGGAGAGGAACAGUCUACAGCUCCCAUGAUAUUGACAAUAACUUCUUUGAUGAAAGUGACACUAGCCCAAAAGCUCGUUUCGGAGGAAGGUUAGCUGGAUUACACGAUUCCAAAAGACUCGGAACUUUCGGUGGCUUUAUAUUUUUAGAUUUUCCAGAUAGCAAGUUUAAGACCUGUAGUCUUACCUGCUUUCACUGCGUGAUCAACGAUGAUACUGACGGUUUAGCAAUUAAAACAUGGCAAACAAACGGCCUUCAGCCUAACGACCCGAAGAACAAUAUUGAAAUUUCUCAUCCUUGUCGCAGAGAUUACGAAGAUAUAGUAGCUCGUUGCCGAGAGGUUAUUACAGAUCUUCAGCCGCCAGAGUAUUAUCGGCUCCUAGCAUUAGCUAAUGAUCCUGAAGGACUCCUUAGCCCACAGGAGCAGGGAGUACUUGACCAUGGACUAAUACUUAUCACUGCUCAUAAAGAGAAGAUCCGGUUUGCAGAUGAAUUUAUGCGAGUAGGAAUGAACUACUUCGGCGCGCUCUAUGCUGGUUCUGGGCUCCGGCUAGAUGAGGACAGGUAUACCCUCGACUGGGCGCUAAUAGAUGUCAGUCGCCAAAGAGUGUCAGGAAACAAGCUGCUUGAUGGACUCCUAUCGAAUCAUUUCAACCCAACAGUACAUCGAGGCGAUGUCACGGAGGCGAAGUUUGAUAUGGUGUCAGGCCAGCACGUCUUCAAGCUUGGUCGAUCGACAGGCUUUACGAAGGGCAUCGUUAAUGGAAUUGAAACAACAAGAUUUCGCUCUUGUGGCUUGAGAGGCCAAUCUGGAGACACUUUAUCGCAGAAUUGCGACAUCCAGUGGGCAAUUGUGCCUUACAAUGGGAAGUGUUUAUUCUCCGCCCAAGGUGAUUCGCUGAGUACCUAA